AAGCGGCUCCGUAUGAACCAGCUUUUCGAUUUCGCUUUUUGAACCAUCGCAGUAUCCGUUAACACAUGGACGGAAGUGUAUGGAAACAUCUUUAUGUUUCGCACGAGUACGUUUUGCACAGUUAACACUACCUGAUUCACUUAAGUAUAUCUGACAUUACUCACGGUUAAUUGAAAUGUCCAUGGCCCAGAUUGUACCAGGACAGUUUGAUGAUGCGGAUGAAUCAGAAAGUGUUUCCGCUACCCAACCAGCUGAGGAGAUGCCAGCAUUGGAGUGCCGGAUCAAUGGAGUUACUCUGGAUACACAAAAUCAGGACUUUUAUGACGACGAUGAUGUUGAUGAAGAGGAUGAUGAUGACGAUGAUUGGGACUGGACUGAAAAGGGAGACUUGACAAAACGCUAUGCAUCUAGUAGAACAGGAAUGAAUCACCAGGCUAAUAAACAAAACCCAAGUAACAAAUCUCUGAAACUGUCAACCCCAAGUGACAAGGCUCUGAGGAAAUUUGAACACAAGAUUAACUUAGAUAAGCUAAACUAUGCUGACUCUGUGAUCAACAAGGUAACUGUCAUGCAGAAACAACGAGACGCUGACACGUUUCGGGUGAAAGACAAAUCAGAUCGGGCUACGGUUGAGCAGGUGCUGGACCCGCGCACGCGAAUGAUCCUGUUUAAGAUGCUGAGCAGGGGCGUCAUUUCCGAGAUCAACGGAUGCAUCAGUACGGGCAAAGAGGCAAAUGUUUACCACGCGACGACAGCCAACGGUGAGAGCAGAGCCAUCAAGAUCUACAAGACCUCAAUCUUGCUGUUCAAGGACCGUGACAAAUAUGUCAGUGGCGAAUUCAGGUUCCGCCAUGGCUACUGUAAAGGAAACCCGAGGAAGAUGGUUCGAACCUGGGCGGAGAAGGAGAUGAGGAACCUCAUUCGGUUGCAGACCGCUGGUAUCCCGAGUCCUGAGCCCAUUAUGCUCCGGAGCCACGUCCUCCUCAUGAGCUUCAUCGGCAAGGAUGACAUGGCUGCUCCUCUGUUGAAGAACGCCUCCCUGUCCGAGUCCAAGGCCCGGGAGCUUUACCUGCAGGUGAUACAGAACAUGAGGACCAUGUACCAGGAUGCCCGGCUGGUUCACUCGGACCUCAGUGAGUUCAACAUACUGUACAACGAUGGUGAGGCCUACAUCAUUGACGUGUCUCAGUCCGUGGAACACGACCACCCUCACGCCCUGGAGUUCCUGCGUAAGGACUGUGCCAACAUCAACGACUUCUUCCUGAAGCGCGGUGUUGCGGCGAUGACAUUGCGCGAACUCUUUGAAUUUGUCACGGAUCCGUCCAUCACUAGAAGCAACAUCAACCUCUACCUGGAAAGGGCAAUGGAAAUAACUUCUGAGAGGACAGCAGAGGAGAGGUCCAAUCAGGACAGUGUGAAUGAAGAGGUGUUCAAGAACGCGUACAUUCCGCGCACGCUUACAGAGGUGAGCCACUACGAACGCGACGUCGACGCCAUGAGGGACGAGUCACCAGGCAACAUGCAUAAUGACAGUGUCCUGUAUCAAACUGUGACCGGUCUGAAGAAGGAUUUGUCCGGCGUUCAGACAGUGCCUGCCCUGCUGCAGGGCUGUGAGGAGAGCUCAAGUUCAGAGGAUGAAGAAACGGAUGAGGACGAAGACGGUGACAAACAAGAGGCUGCAGGAGAGGAUUCACUGGUGGACAAGAAGGAAAAGAAGAAAUUGGCAAAAGAAGCCCAGAGAGAGAAAAGAAAAAACAAAGUUCCAAAACAUGUGAAGAAGCGAAAGGAGCGGGUUUCAAAGAUGAAGAAAGGGAAAUGAGUGGACUAAGAAUGAUGUAUUUCUGUGACAUUUACAGCAACUUCACAUCUGCAGGCUUUGUAAACAAAUAAAUUGCUAUUACAUUA